CAAUACUUCUAAAUUGGUACUGAAAUAUCAAAAAGUAAAUGGGAAACAGUUAACAGUCAGUUUUCUAAUGACAAAUGCCAGUUAUUCCAUUUCUAAGCGGAACUGGUUUGUCCUCCACACUGUGGAACUGGUCAGACCUGGAGACCCACCUGCUGUCUUCAAUGUUACCCAAAUCACAGCCCCUACCAACUAUUCCUUCAGCUGUGCUUGUGUCAGCAGUCAACCAUCUUUGGGGGGCAUGUUGUACCCCGCCAAAAAUGCCACCCAAUGGGAUCUGACUGUCAUGAGAUUUCAGAUCCAAAGCUACAACCUGAUAAAUGAAACAUUUGCUGAUGCUAGUGACUGUGCCGGUUUCUUUUCUCCUGGAAUAUGGAUGGGUUUGCUCACUUCU